CAUAAAAAUCAAUCACAAGGUAAAGAAACAACUGUCAGUGCUAAUGUAAAUAGUGAGAAUGCUGGUGAAAGUGCUGUUGGCAUAGAUGAUAACGAUACAGAUGAUGAAUUAGGGGGAUUAAAUCUUAGCAAUUUAAAUAAUCUUGCUGCAAAUAACGCUGAUAUAGAUGACAUUGCUGCUGCAGCCGUUGAUGCAAGAGAUGAUGGUGCCAAUGAAUUAGGAGGAUUCAAUCUAAGCAAUGCUCGUGCAAAUAACGUUGCACAAAAUCUUGCUGCAAAUAACGCUGAUAUAAAUGACAUUGCUGCUAAAGAUGUUGACGCUAGAAAUGAUGGCGCUGAUGGACCAGACAAUAUUGUUAAUGGAGAAAAUGACGAUGUUAUUCAAGAAGAGAUUGAUGACGAAGAACAGUUAGAGAAUAAUAUAGAAAAUGAAGCAGAUAAUAACCAGAAUUGUAGUAAUGAUGGGAACCAGAAACGUAAAACCAUUAAAAUGAAAGAUUUUAUAUUAAAUUGUGUAAACUAUUACAAAGCAAAAGAAGGCCAUGGUUUUGAUGAAAGACAAAAAAGAUAUACAAUAGAAAAUGAUGAGAUAUAUCUUGGAGAAAACAAAAGUGUACAAGUAUUGGAAUGGGAGAUGAUAAACCUUGAGCGACCACCCAUAUUCCUUGUUCAAAGUGCACUACAUUUAUGGGACAUUACCGAGUUUGCUAACAGAGCCUUUGAAAUUCACGAUGACAUGAAGAAUAUUCCAGGAAGAUUACCAAUAAAACUUAUCGAAAGAAAUCUUCUGCGAUUAUUAAUAAGUUUAUACCAUGAUUAUUUGAAACGUAAUAGGUGUUUAGAUCAUGAGUCAAAAGCAUCGUACUUGUUAAAAGCAACAUACACAUUAAGAAAUAAAAUGAGAAUAUUGAGGUCACAGGAGAAGAAGGCUAGAACACCACGUAAUGCACAAAAUGCAAGACGGAGGCUCAGUUAUAACAGCAUUGAAUAACUUUACUUUUUCUUGGUGUAUAACAAAUUAUCACGUUAUUUUUGUAAGACUUCAAAUAAUUUUAAAAGUAUUGAAGAUCAGUGAUACAUUUGUUUUAGAUCAUCAGAAGAAUUUAUGUCGUUAUUGGUUACAUAACCUAGAUACC